AUGCGCAGUAACAGCAUCUUACCGGUGGCGCAGAUAGUGAUAGAGAUAGAGAAGAAGAGAAGAUGGUGGAGUAGCGAGCCAGGAUUAAGCGAACGUAAAGAGGAUCAAAAUCGUAAUCAAUCUGGUCGAAAUACUAUUAGUCCUGAAAAACAACUACUAAUGACGAUAUGGACACUUGCAACACCAGAUUCAAAUCGAUCUAUAUGUGAUCGUUUUGAUGUAGGUAAAGCUACUGGUUGGCGAUCAGUAAAACGAGUUGUAAAUGCUUUGAUCAAUCUUCGAAAUUAUUAUAUUAAAUGGCCAACAGAAGAAGAAGCAAUGGAAUGUGCUACAUUUCUUGAAGAAAAAAAAGGAUUUCCUGGAAUAAUUGGCAUGAUUGAUGGAACUCAUAUAAAAAUAGAAGCCCCACAAGAAAACCAUGAGAGUUACAUUAAUCGUAAAGGAUACCAUUCCAUUCAAUUGCAGAUAGUUUGCAAUCAUAAGAUGGAGUUCAUACACUGUUAUGUAGGAUAUCCUGGCUCAGUGCAUGACCAAAGAGUAUUUAAUGUGUCAAUGCUACAAGAUUUUUGCAGCGAUCCAAUUAAGUUUCCACGUGAUACUCAUUUAAUUGGUGAUGCUGCUUAUAAAAUUUUCAAAACUUUACUUGUACCGUACAAAGAUAAUGGUAGAUUAACUGAAAGACAAAAAAAUUAUAACUAUUGUUUAUCUUCCAUAAGAAUGACAGUAGAACGUAGCAUUGCUCUUUUAAAAACACGGUUUAGAAUUCUUCUUGAUAAACUACCAAUGAGAAGAAUUGAUCUGAUUCCUGAUUACAUCAUGGCCUGUUGUGUUUUACACAAUAUAUGUUUGAUGAAGAAUGACAUGAUUGAAAUCCCUAUAAUAGUUGAAGAUCAGAUACAAAAUAAUAUAAACGAUCUUGAACUGAAUACUCUGUUACAUAGACAAGGAAAAGAAAAACGUGAUAGAAUAAAAAAUACUCUGCAUAUGAGAAUGUAA